UGUGAACGCUGACGUGUUUUGGUUAACAGUUAGCCUAGCCUAGCCUAGCCUAGCUCAGAUAGCGGGCAGGCUGUUAUAAGCGCCGCUGAGCGCAUUAAGCACAAUUCUCUAAUAAAUAAAGAUAAAGGAAUAUUUCUGUAGAUAUUUGGUGUUUGGUGAAAUGGCGGACUGGGAGGAGAUCCGGCGUCUCGCUGCAGAUUUUCAGAGAGUUCAGUUUACAGAGUCUGUACAGAGGCUGUCAGAGAGGAACUGUAUAGAGAUCAUCACCAAGCUUGUGGAGGAGAAGAAGCUGGAUGUGGUUCACACCCUGGAUGGAAAAGAAUUCAUCACACCAUCACAGAUCAGCCGAGAGAUUCGAGAGGAGCUGUACGCACAUGGAGGAAGAAUCAAUGUGGUGGACUUGCAGAAGAUCAUUAACGUGGAUCUGGUCCAUGUGGAGAGCCGAGUGAAUGAAGUGGUCAAAUCAGAGAGAGGAACUCGGAUUGUUCUGGGACAAUUGAUUACUGAACAUUACCUGGAACAGGUCUGUGAGGAGGUGAAUGAUAAACUUCAAGAGGCUGGACAGGUGAACAUCACUGAGCUGAGCAAAACACAACAGCUACCUGCAGAUUUCCUCACACAGGAGCUCAGUGCCAGGUUAGGACGGCUGAUUGAUGGUCACAUGGAUCAGUUCACUGGCCUGAUUUUCACCCAAAACUUUAUCAACAGACAGAAAGCAAAAAUACGAGGAUUAUUCAGUUCCAUCACCAGGCCGACUCCAGUGAAUAACCUGAUUGGUCAGUAUGGCUUACAGGACAAUCUUUUAUACUCUUUGCUGGAGGAGUUGGUGAACUCAGGCCGUGUCCGUGGGUCAGUAGUCGGAGGUCGUCAGGAUAAAGCCGUGUUUGUUCCUGAUGUUUACUGCAGAGCUCAGAACGCCUGGGUGGAGUCCUUCCUGACACAUAACUCCUACCUUGAGUUUGAGUCUCUGUCCCGGUUGGGAAUUCCUGAUCCAUUAAACUACAUAAAGAAGCGUUUUAAAGACAGGAAGUUGCUGUUCCUGCAGUCAGUGUGUGUGGAUGCAGCCAUACUGGAUCAGCUGGAAGCUUCAGUGGAGGAAGCGGUCAGCUCCGAGACCUGGAUUGACUUGCAGCUGCUGUUGCCAAGUUGCCUCUCGUUUGAUGAUUCAGCGACAUUGAUAAAUCACGUGGUCCACUCGAUGCAUGUCCAGUCCAGUGUUCGGAUUCUUGGCACUGCUGUAAUCAGCGAGAAGUUCUUUAGCAGCUGUCUGGCACUUUUUGAUGACAUCAUGCAGCCGAAAGCUCAGGCAGAAGUGAAGAGUGGUCCUGUGCUGUUGUUAUCAGAGGAUGACGUUAAGCUGGCAUCAGUGAUAGCUGAGAGCUCAAGCACUAAACGAGACAAACGAGAGGAGCGCAGGAAGAAAGCGUCAGAGGGCAGUGGCAGUGUGAGAGCAGGUGCAGGAGGAAAUGCCAGAGAGAUCAGAACUCGAAAAACCAAGAAGAAAAACAGGAGAGAAGAAGAGAGUGAUGAUGAAAAUGCAACAACCCAGAGUAAGCCAGCAGAGCCAGUGUUCCUGUCAGUGCAGGAAAUUAUGGAGGUGUUGGAGAAGCGAGUAUGUGACUGUCCAGAAGAAACGCUGGAGCUCAUUGCACAUGAGCUUGUCAGGCCAUUAUCACGGGCAUACAGAGAAAUGGUGUACUCACUGUUCCUGUCCUCCACCUCUGCCUCCCCCUCUGCUGAGAAACGCAGACACACAGCCAAGGAGCUGCAGGAAGAAAUGAACACUUUAUACGCUAAUGUCCGAGCACUGGAGCGGGGAACCAAACACUUCCCAGAUGAUGUUCAGCUCCACAUGGUGAAACACAUCCUGAAAUCAGUGUGUUCAGAUCUGACCAAUGUGAUGAUCACCUUCUUGUCAGAUGACCACAAGACCAUCAUGGACAAUCUCAGCUCCAUUACUGCUGAGAUGAGGAUGAAGAUUUUGGCGAAGCUUCCUGAUGAGAUUAAAGCUCCUCUGAUCAAAGUAAACAGCAGCCUGAAUGGAAAAAGUAUUGAGGAAUUCCUCUGCCAUGUGGAAGCUGCCGCUGAGCAGUGUGGCAUUAUGAUUAAAAAAGGAGACAAGAAAAAAGAGAAACAGGUUCUCUCCAUACACAGACAGACUCUGAUGGAGCAGUUGCAGGCGGCGGUUGACGAGGCACUUGUUCUGCAUCUGGCUGUUUUGCUCCUGUUUCAGCAACAUACACACUGCAUGCUGCUUGCUCCGGGACGGUGUGUGUCCAACAUCAUACACACACUGCAGAGUAAACUCCCACAGGAUCAGUAUGAGCUGUUAAUGCAGUAUCAUACUCUGGUGGUGAAGCAGUUGGUGGGGAAAAAAGCUGAGCAGAUGGAUGGAGAAAGCGAAGGAUCCGCUGAAGAACUGAUGAACCUCACUAAUAACAUUAAAGAGCUUGUCUUUGCACCCAGAAAAACAUCUAGCUUCGACAAAUGAGAUGGAAGAAGGGGUGGAGCCAGUGGGUGGACAAGUGUCAAAGAGGGAGGUGGAGAUGGGGUAUGGACAGGAGAGCAUGGCUGAGGGCAAGGAUGAGAAAAACAGACAGUGACAGAUGAUGUAAUGAAACCUAGAAGUCUUGAUGAUCUUGUGUGAUCGUGUAUUUUUCAUCAUUUCAUCGUUUCAUUAGUUUUACUGUUCAUUAGUUGUUCUGUUAUUGUCUGAUCCUGACGAUUAAACACAAAAAAAUCUG